AUGUUCUCUCGCGCUCUUCUCCUCGCCGCCGCGGCGAUGUUCUCUAGCGGACAGGAGCACGAGCCGUUCGCAGAUAUCGCCACGUCGACCAGACAGCUAGUGGACGGUAUAACGAAGUUGCCGAUUGUCCAGCAAGCGUCACGAGUGUCCGGCGAUCUAUUAACCGGGACCGCGGAAGCGCUGGCAGCGUUCCCCCUCGCCUUAGCCCGCUCUCUCACUUUAUACGACGUCCCACAACUGGUAAGCGACAGCAACGUGGUCGAACUUACCGAUAGGGUGAUCAGCGAGUUCAACGCCGGCCUCCGCAACGAGGAUAUCCACAUGAGCAUCGGCGAUCUGGUGACAAAGUACCGCUACGCUAUAGAGAGGCAUCAGGUUGUUACCGACGACGGUUACGUUCUAACGGUUCACAGGAUCCCGAGCAACGGGUCGGUCGUACUCCUGAUGCACGGCCUGCUCGGCAGCUCGGACGACUUCGUGGUCUCCGGGCCCAAGAGCGGGCUGGCCUAUUUACUGGCGGACGAGGGCUACGACGUGUGGAUGGGGAACGGCCGCGGCAACAAGCACUCGCGGCGGCACCUCAGCAUGGACCCGUCCCAAGCGAGCUUCUGGGACUUCUCGUGGCACGAGAUCGGCUGCCGUGACCUCCCGGCGACGAUCGAUCACAUACUACGAACGACUGACGCGGAAAAGCUCCAAUACGUCGGCCACUCGCAGGGGACCACCGCGUUCUUCGUGAUGGCCUCUGAGCGGCCCGAGUACAACGAGAAGGUGUCACUGAUGGUUGCCCUGUCGCCGGUGGCCUUUAUGACGCAUGCCAAAGCGCCGUUAGUCAAGCUCCUCGCGCCGGGGACACCAUUGCUGCACAGCGUCUUAAGCGGCCUCGGCGUCUACGAGCUGCUGCCGGACAACGCGUCCACGAGGGUGUUGAAGAAGCUUAUGUGCGGCGUGGGCCCGCUGGCAGAGAUCGUCUGCAGCAACGUUAUCUUCAUCGUCGCCGGCCUCGAUCUCGGGCAGCUGAACGUCACCAACUUACCGGUGAUUUACGGUCACAUGCCGUCGGGCGCAUCGAGCAAACAGUUCGCCCAUUACGGCCAGGGCAUGCUGUCGGGUGAUUUCAGGCAGUUCGACUAUGGAGAAAGGAGGAACAUAGAGCUGUACGGAUCAAAGGUGCCGCCGGCCUAUAAGCUAAGGAACGUGAAGACGCCGGUCUCUUUGUUCUAUUGCCAAGCGGACUGGCUUGCAGAUCCCAGGGACGUGGACAGACUGUAUAAAAAGUUGGGCAACGUAAUCGACACGUACAAAGUGCCUUACAACCAGUUCUCGCAUUUAGACUUUGUGCUUGCCAAAGACUUUAAAACCUUAAUUUAUUCGAGAUUACGUAAACUACUAAUGUUGUAU